AUGACUGUUUAUAUUUGCCCGGAAACUGGAGAUGAUGGUAAUGACGGCAGUGAACUGAAACCUUUGAGAACGCUUUUUCAAGCAAUGAUAAUUACCAAGUCUCCAAAAGGUGACUUCUUAGUUAGAACGACGAAAGAUGGCAAAAAGAUAUGGGAAACUGCUUCAAAAACGGCACUGAAGAAAAAUCAAAAACGUUACGAACAAGAAAUGUUGAAGAACGAAAAAAUUGCUGCAAAGAAAAAUGCAGCUGAAGAGCAAACAACAGCAGCCCUUGAAGAAGCGAAAAAAGUGCAAAUAGAGCUGGACACAAGUCUGCCAUGUCUCAUAGGUCUGAAAAUUCGUGACCUUAUUAAACACCGCGAUGAACGUGUUUGCAUCAAAGGAUGGAUUCAUCGAAUUCGUCGACAAGGAAAGUCGUUGAUAUUUUUUGUUCUUCGAGAUGGAACUGGUUUUCUUCAAGCAGUGCUCACGGAUAAGCUGUGUCAAACGUAUGACGCUCUCACUGUGAAUACCGAAAGCACAGUUGAAAUUUAUGGGGCGGUAAAGGAAGUUCCGGAAGGUAAAGAAGCACCGAAUGGGCAUGAAUUAGUAGCCGAUUUUUGGAAAGUAAUUGGAAACGCACCUCCUGGAGGCACUCAUUCACUUUAUUUUGUUACUUGUUUGAUCUUAUUGAAUCAUAACUCGAUUUCGAGAGCUCGUAUUGAUAAUGUACUGAACGAAGAAGCAGGUGUCGACAAAAUGUUGGACAAUAGACAUUUGGUUAUUCGAGGUGAAAAUGCUGCUGCUUUGUUACGUUUAAGAUCAGCUGCUACUCGGGCAAUGCGAGAACAUUUCUAUAAUGCUGGCUAUGUUGAAGUUGCUCCACCGACUUUAGUUCAAACGCAGGUAGAAGGUGGAUCGACAUUAUUCGGACUUAAUUAUUUUGGUGAACCGUCUUAUCUUACACAGUCGUCGCAGCUCUAUCUUGAAACUUGCAUUCCCACUCUUGGUGAUGUCUUCUGCAUUGCUCAGUCAUACAGAGCGGAAAAAUCUCGUACUCGUCGACAUUUAGCAGAGUAUGCCCAUGUUGAAGCUGAGUGUCCCUUCAUAACGCUGGAUGAUUUAAUGACGAAAAUUGAAGAAUUGGUUUGCGAUACAGUUGAUCGACUUCUGGCUGACGAGAAUGCAAAAAAAUUAUUGGAACAUAUUAAUCCUAAAUUCGAACCGCCUAAACGGCCAUUCUUGAGAAUGGAGUACAAAGAUGCUAUCAAAUGGUUGCAAGAGCACAAUGUUAGCAAUGAAUUUGGUAACAGUUUUAGUUUUGGUGAUGAUAUCGCUGAGGCAGCGGAACGUUUCAUGACUGAUAGUAUUAAUAAGCCAAUUCUACUCAACCGUUUUCCAAGUGAAAUUAAGGCAUUUUAUAUGCAGCGGGAUGCGCAAGAUAGUAGAUUAACAGAGUCUGUUGAUCUUCUUAUGCCCGGUGUUGGUGAAAUUGUUGGUGGCAGUAUGAGAAUCUGGAAGUUUGAUGAACUUUCGAAAGCUUUUGAAAGUGUGAAAAUUGAUCCGAAACCGUACUACUGGUAUUUGGAUCAACGUUUAUAUGGCACAUGUCCACAUGGUGGCUAUGGACUUGGCCUGGAACGUUUUAUUUGUUGGUUAACGAAUACAUAUCACAUUCGAGAUGUGUGUCUUUAUCCACGCUUCGUUGGUCGAUGCGCUCCAUGA